AUGGCCUAUUCAAUAAACUACAGAUUCAGAUCAUACAAAAACUACAGCAAAAUAUUCUUUGAUUCUGAAUCAUUGAGUCUCUGGGAGCUGAAGUAUGAGAUAAUCAGCCAGAGAAGGAUGUACAGCAAGGACUUUGACCUGGUAUUCUACGAUGCAGAGACAGAUGAGAAAUUGGAAGACGAAUACGUCAAAAUAGACCGAUUUGCUAAUUUGAUAGUGGAAAAGAUACCACUGUGGAUGAGUAACAACAGGAAUAAUAUGGAGUUCAAACAAAGGCUCAUUUCGUACAGUAGGGUGCCACCAGAGACAUACACGUGUUUCAAAUGCAACCAAAAGGGCCAUUACAUCCAACACUGUCCAAAUUUACAGAAUAUUCAGCAAAAUAAUGCAAGUGAGGCGAAUUUGAGAAUAAUGAAACCACGAAUACAAGAAUGGAAAAAGCAGAAAAAUUUGAUAAAAUAUAAGAAUAUUCCAGAUGGAUUGAAGUGUGAAGAAUGCAAUGGGCUGUUGAAUGAGGCAGAGAUGUCAUCAUGUCAGCAUUAUUUCUGUAAGGGAUGUGCAGUAAGGAAUGAAAGGUGUCCAAGGUGCAGAAAGACGAUAAUGUGGCUUAAAGAGAGUUCUAGAAAACAGGAUGAGGUAAAAGAAUAUGAGAAAUGGAAUAAAAUUGAAUAG